UUGCUCCAAUCUUCUCAGAUUGAACAAGGCUAAAAGUUUGAGGUAUGUCUUUUACUGAUCUUAAUCGUUAGUGAACAGAAUUGAAGUUGGCUGGCUUGGGGCUAAGAGUGUGGAAGAGAAGUUGAAUAAAUAAUGAACACAUUAAGUAGCAGCAGUCCAACAUUCCUUCCAAGGGAAAUCAUAUUUGAGAUGUUGAGCUAUUUGUCAGUCAAAUCAUUGCUAAGAUUUAAAUGUGUGCGCAAACAUUGGAAUAGCAUAACUCAAGAUUUUCGCUUUAUAUGUCAUCAUUAUAAUCAUGCCCGUUUCUUAAUUAGCAAAAAGGCAAUAGAUGAAUUUAAACUCUUAUCUUCAAAAGGUUUAAUAUUGGAGUACGCUAUUAGGCCUAGCCAUUUGAUCCCUUCUUCACCUAAUCUGAGAUACCGCAUAAGGAACCCUGCAGUGCAUCAUCAAAUUCUAGAAAUUCCGGAUUCAGAGAAGCCUAUCUUGAACAUGUGCAUGGUGUUUGAUCCAGAUAAUCAAGUUUUGAAGUUACUCUCUGUUGUUUCUGAUGAUGAAUUAAUUGGAGAUCACCAAGUGAUAGGUUAUGAGGUUCUUGAUCUUCGGAAUGAAGAAAGUAUCUAUUCUUGGCGAUCCGUUAACUUGCCUCAGCAGAGCAGAGGAGGAACUAGAAUGUGCAAACUAGUUAAAAAACAUACCAACCAAAUUAAAGUUGUCAUUGCAGUGGGAACUGCUUACAUCAUAUGGGACGCCGAAGCAUAUUCCCAUCUAGAAAUUGAUAUUCUGGAUAUGGUGAAUGAUAGCUACAUUGGUCAUACUAUUUUUCCUACGGGUAAUUUCUACACCAAGGAUGACGGCAUACUUUGGAAUGGAAAACUGUCAUUAGCUAAAAUAGUAGAAGAGGAGCUUCAUGUUUUAGUGUUAGACGUUUACAAGAAGCAGAUCAAAUGGGCUGAUCAUGGAAAACUAAUCAUUAAGCUACCAUUCCUGAAAGAGCUCUCAGUUGUGCCACAGAUAAAGCUUUUAUACGUUUAUAUCACUAAUAAGUUGUACUUUUUAUGGCGGGACAAGGAAUCAAUCUGCAGUUUUGACAUUACGACGGGGAAGUUAACAACUCUAGUGUCCAGCUACAAGGAAUCUCAAAUUCUAUAUAUCACUAGGCCUUGCCUCUUCACUUUCAGAGGAAUGCAGUCCUCAUCUAGUCAAUAAUGCUUGCAGCUUGUUCAUGGAGGAGAAUGAAUGAUUCAUGGCAGCCCUGUUAAAUUUCCUUUUCCUUCCAAUUCUAUUUCAUUACACUUGGGUAAUUUAUGUAUUACUUUAGGACGUAAUGUAAACUUUAUUCUUAUAUAUACUUUUGUUUGUGCCAGUCAUAGUUC